ACGUGUACGGGAUGGCGCGUGACGUCAGCGGCGGCGGCGCUGGAUGAGUUUGAAUUAGCGGCUUUCACGUCCGAGGGAGUCCGAGCGUCGGAUCCGGUCGGUUAGAAAAGGAAGAGGGAGGAGGGCGGCAGAGAUAUCGUGAGGCGCGGCCGGUUUUAAAAAUGGCUGUAAACGUUUAUUCUACAUCUGUGACCAGUGACAACCUAAGCCGGCAUGAUAUGUUGGCUUGGAUUAACGAUUCUCUUCAAUUGAGCUAUACAAAAAUUGAACAGCUGUGCUCAGGUGCAGCAUAUUGCCAGUUUAUGGAUAUGCUUUUCCCGGGUUGUGUUGGAUUGAAGAAGGUAAAAUUUCAAGCCAAACUGGAACAUGAAUAUAUUCACAAUUUCAAGCUUUUGCAAGCAGCCUUCAAGAGAAUGGGUGUUGACAAAAUUAUCCCUGUUGAUAAGCUAGUAAAAGGGAAAUUUCAAGAUAACUUUGAGUUUGUUCAAUGGUUCAAGAAGUUCUUCGACGCAAACUAUGAUGGUAAAGAUUAUGAUCCAAUACUUGCACGGCAAGGUCAGGAUGCAGGCCCACCACCUAAUCAUGGUGACCAGGUUUUGAACAAAUCCAAGAAAACACUCCAAGGAAGCACAGUAACUCAAAAAGUUUAUCCAACACCAAAAGUUUCAAGUACUCCAAAACCUGUGUCAGCUGCACCAAAAAGGCCUGCAAUGGUGGGAAAUGGCGAUGCACAAGUUGCAGAGUUAGCUCAACAGGUCAAUGUACUAAAAAUUACAGUGGAAGAUCUUGAAAAGGAAAGAGACUUUUAUUUUGGCAAACUGAGAAAUAUUGAGUUAAUCUGUCAAGAAAAUGAACAAGAUAACGAUCCAGUGAUACAGCGAAUUGUGGAGAUCUUGUAUGCAACUGAUGAGGGAUUUGCUGUACCAGAUGUAGCAGAUGAACAGCCAGAAGAACAGGAAGAAUAUUAGACUUGGAUGCAGCAUACCUAUGGUUGGAAUAUCCUGCCAAAAAUCAUGUGUGCAUAUGCACAUCCACAGAGGAAAAGACACUCUCUUAUUUUCUGUAAAGUCAAAAGAGCUUUGUUUGUAAUUUUGUUAGUGUAAGCAAAAUUAAAAUGUACCUCCUUUCUAAAUAAGUGCACUUUGCAGAAGUUUCAGUCCAUAUUAAGCAAUGACUGCUUCUACACUUCACACCCUUGAGCAGUAUUUGCAGGUGUGGAAUGGAUAUUCUUGAAGGUCCUGCAGAGUACUAUUAUAACAUCUUGAUUUUUUUUUUGCCAUCACCAAAAGCAGACCUGCUCUUGACAGUGUUAAAGAGGUUGAUGAUAGAAUGAUCACUGCAUGAUGACUGAAAAUUGCACUGUAAUGGAAAGUGUAUAGAAUGGUUCAGAUCUUUAUACAUUAUCAGUUAUGUUAAUAGUUAUAGUGCGUCCCAAACUAUGUUGUGUGUACGUGGCAAGCCAGUUCAUUUGAUGUGCAAGAAAUAAGUUGGCAAUUAAUGCCGUGCAUGAAUUUUGUAUGGUGAAAUUGACGUUGGAUCAACUGCAGGAAAUUGCUGUGGUGCUAAAAGUUCCCACCACCACUUGUGGUUGUACUACAGCAGUAAAAUAUUUCCUGAAUUCUUCUGUGGCCUUUUAUUCCUUUAGCUGCCCUAAGACUUCAGUAUGCUGUAAGAAAAAUCAAACUUGGUCUUAAAACUACAGGGUGUUUUUCUACUCAGAUCAAUUUCUAAUAACAAUAAAGUUUGAUAUUUCAACAAAAUUGUCUGUUGGAAAUGUUGGUACAUUUAUAAUCUUUUUAAAUAUUCUGAUUACUUAGAACAUUUCUAAAGAAUAGUUUAUUGCUAAUUUAAUUCAAUCGGUUGUAAUAUUUAAAGCUACAUUUGUUCUGAUUAAGAUUUUGUUUAUUCAGUAACAAGGAUUAGAACAAGAAAGGAGGUUAAUUAGGCUACGUUAUGGAAAUUUUUCUCUGCUGCUUUAUUUCCUUCCUAGUCGGAAAGAUGUCCUUUUUAUUUAGUGUUAUCAAUAAAAUGCCCAUCUUUUGUAUAUUGAAAACUAUUAAAAAAAAAACAAUUUAA